CUGCUCUUUGCCCUGGGACAGGAGCCCAGCAUCAUCUUCAGGGGAGGGGGAUGCCCACAGGCAGCCUGGUGCCGGGGCAGGGAGCCAGCAGACACCGAGGUCCUGUGUCAGCACAGGCUGUGCCAUGGGUGGGUGCAGGGCUGAGCCCUCUGCCCAGCAUCGGCCAUGUCCCCCCAUCCCUCCCACAUGGCCCCUCGUGCCUGUCCCUCCCUCUGGCUGCUCAGCUGGCACUUUGGGUGCUGGGGGCUGAGUGGCUUCCUGGGGCAAGGAGAACCUGGGUACCAGCCAGCCCCAGAAUCUCUGAGGGAGUCUGUCUGUCUGUCGGUCUGAUUGUGCACUGGAUACCUCAGAUGGUUUAUUUAACUGUGUUGGCCCCAGUUACUCGUGGUUUAGCCCACCAGGAGGAUAAGUAUGGGCACCCUGGCAAAGGAGCAGCCUGAAACACCUCCUCUAUUCCUGCCAGCUUUGCCAGGAGAGCAUUGCUUCCAUAGCCUUACCUUCUCUUGCAAAUGACCCCCUGCUUCCAGUUGCACACCAGUCAAACCAGUUCCAAAGCUGGGGUUGCCCCUGGGAACUUCCAUCUUUCUGAACACAUGGUCACCCUGGGUUUCCCCGAAGUGGGGUUUCCUCAGGGUUGGGAGCUGGAAAUGACAUUUUUUCUGCCCUCCACGUGCUGGGUUUGUCCCUCAUCUUGGCCAGAGGAAUAGAGAAAGUGGGUUCACUCACCUCUGCCCAUCUUCCAAGCUUUCUUCCACUCUGUGUGCCCUCUGUGUCCCCUUCCACUCCGCUUUCCCUGCUGGCUGGCUUCCUUCCCCAUGGCUGUCCUACCCCAGGAGAUGAGUCACUGGUGGAGUCACAGUGACACCGAGGGUGGGCACAACUGCCAGCACUGGCAGGGAGAGCUGUCAUGCCAGGAAGUGCCAGCUGUGUCAUCCGGGUGCUCAAUCCUCCAAGAAUGCCACCGUGAUGCUCCUCAUGUUCCCUACCCAGCACUCACCGGGUCUGAUCCAGAUGGGGCAGGUGGAGGGCUGCUGGUACUGGGGGGUGACAUUAGGGGACAGGGAGACAGCCAGAAGUGACACUUUUUCUCUCCCAGAGUUAAAUGCCUCCCGGGCCCGUGGCAGCAACCACAGUGUGAACAGCCUGCCAGGGCCAGCCACGUGUGGAUCCACACAGGGCUCUGUGGUCAGCUGGGCUGAAUCCUUCGAGACGCUGCUGCAGGACCGUGUGGCUGUCACCUACUUCACUGAGUUCCUCAAGAAGGAGUUCAGUGCUGAAAACGUCUACUUUUGGCAGGCAUGUGAGCGCUUCCAGCAGAUCCCAGCCAGUGACACACAGCAGCUGGCCCAGGAGGCACGGCGGAUCUACGAUGAGUUCCUCUCCAGCCACUCGGUCAGCCCUGUGAACAUUGACAAGCAGGCCUGGAUUGGGGAGGACAUGCUGGCCACCCCCUCCCCAGACAUGUUUCGCAUCCAGCAGCUCCAGAUCUUCAACCUGAUGAAGUUUGACAGCUACACACGUUUUGUGAAAUCCCCCCUCUACCAAGCCUGCCUGCGGGCAGAGAGCCAGGGCCAGCCCCUGCCUGACCUACGGCCCCACUCCCGCAGCAGCAGCCCCCCUCCUGACCUCAGCAAGAAGACGAAGCUGAAGCUGGGCAAGUCGCUGCCCCUGGGUGUGGAGACGGCGGGCAGCGGUGCCAACCGCAGCCUCCAGCGCUCCUUCAGGAAGGGAGAGCGGCGGGAGCCGUCCUGGGCAGACGGGGGAGAAGGCAGCAGGAGCGCCAUGCUGUGGAGAGAGUCCCAGGGCUCACUCAACUCCUCAGCCAGCCUGGACCUGGGCUUCUUGUCCUCGGCCAGCACAGCCGCCAGCCCCUGCACGGAGGGACAGCAGAAGAGCCUGGGGGGUGGCGAGGCAGAGCUGCCAGGCAAACCCAUGAAGUACUGCUGCGUGUACCUGCCCGACGGCACGGCCUCGCUGGCCUCCGUGCGGCCCGGCCACUCCAUCAGGGACAUGCUGGCAGGGCUGUGUGAGAAACGUGGCUUCAGCCUCCCCGACAUCAAGGUCUUCCUGGUGGGCAAUGAGCAGAAAGCGUUGGUGCUGGACCAGGAGUGCUCCGUGUUGGCAGACCAGGAGGUGAAGCUGGAGAACAGGAUAAGCUUUGACCUGGAAAUCUCCUCCCUCAACAAGACCAUCCGCAUCACAGCCAAGUCAACCAAGCGCAUCCGGGAGGCGCUGCAGCCCGUGCUGGGCAAGUACGGCGUGAGCAUGGAGCAGGCGCUGCUGCGCAGGCAAGGCGAGCCAGCCACCCUGGACUUGGAGAAGCUGGUCAGCACAGUGUCUGCUCAGAAACUUGUCUUGGAAACACCAGCAGACGUGCGAGUGAUGGGGAGUGCUGAGGCUGCGGCUGCCCCCUCUCUGCUCUGGAGUGAGGAGGGAAGCCCAACAGGAGCAGAGCCUGACACACAAUGGGAGAUGCCCUCCUCCUUCUCCAGGCCACAGUCUUCAGCUGCCAUGAACCUCAACCGCCGCACGUACGACCUGGAAGGGCUGGUGGAGCUGCUGAACCGUGCCCAGAGCUGCCGGGCCAACGACCAGCGUGGGCUGCUCUCUAAGGAGGACCUGGUCCUGCCCGACUUCCUCCAGCUCCCCGUGCAGGACAACAGUGCCUGUGAGGGGUCACAGCAGCCCAGUGCCCCUCAGGCUGGCUCUGAGGGAAGCAGCUGCCCUCAGGAAGAGCCUGCACUGGCUCAGCCUUCGUUGGACCACAAGCUCUAAUGAGUGCUGCUGCACGUCCACACCCGGCGUGUGGCACCCCCAGGACCUGCCAGGGUUCAAGAGGGGCCUGACAGCCCCUGCCCUGCACCACUGACACUGCCCAGACUGCAGAUCCAUCCACGUCCUGUCCCACGCUGUCAUGUCGUGUCGCUGUGAGUGGCUGAGCAGCUGCCAUGCCCCUCGGUGGGGCCACAUCCCGGUGCACAUCAAGGGACUCUUGUACAUAGUUUGAACCCUCGUUGCAAAGCACUUUGCAACAUGCCUGGCACUGCCCUGCCCAGUGCCUCUGCCCUGCCCAGCACAUCCUGCCUGUGUCGGGCUGACACAGCCCCGCUCGCUCUCUGGGUGGGGAAAGCUCCCUUCCAACUGCAGGGUGUGCAGGAUAGACAGGCUGGGUGGGGAGGAAAGGCAGGCUCCAGUCCUGAACUCCUGCUGUGGGCAGGCAGGGUCAGGAGAACAUGUGCCCAGAGCUCAGAGCCAGAUCCAGUCCUGGCCCCGUGGGAACAGGGCUGCCCUGCUGUUGAUUUGCAAGUCCACCCUUCCUGGGGAGGGUGAGCAUGGCCCUGCCAGGCUGUGCCCCGGGCAGGUUGUUACGUCUGCAUUGCGUGAGCGAGGUCUGAUCCUGCCACAGUAGCACUGCUUGGAGCAGGGCACACAGUUCCUGCCCCGGGCAGCCAGAGGCAGAGCCAGCAGAUGGUGCCAAAAAAGCCUUCCUCCUCCUCCCGGCCGGAGAUCCUGCGUGGGCGGCUGCUGAGGGACAGGCAGGAGCAAAUCCCCAUCUGCCCCCUGCCCCAUCCCCACUGGGGUGUGGGUGCUCAACCUGCCAGGACAGCUCUGCUUGGUGCCAGGAGAAUGCAGCACCCCUGGGUGUGAGCACCUCAGCCUGGUGUGCAGGUCCCCAGCUUGUGCCCAGCCUGUCAUUCCUGCCAGGAGCCUCGAGCCUCCAUCUGCCAGUCCUGGCUGUGCACGGCUGGUCCCCCUGCCCAGCAGCCCAGUGUCCCCAGAGGUCCCAGACAGAAUCUGCAAUGGAGACGUUCCCCCAACAGCAGCCAGGAGAUCCUUGCAGUCCACAGUCCAUCCUUGCCAGAGCCCCUCCUGGCUGUGCCACUCCACCACCACUGCCUGGCCAGAGGCAGAGGGGUGACCCAGGGCCCCCAGGCUUGCCCAGAGAUGGGGGCAUGGCCACCCAGCCCUAUGCUGCCACAGCCAGCUGCAGUCCUGUGGCCUUAGUCAGAGCCCCCCUGUGUCUCUGUGAUGCUGCUCAGUUCUGUCUGCGCUGUGGAACCAGGGGAAAUAAAGAGCAUUGCCUGGA